GCGGGGCUUGUUGCGGCAGAGGGAGUCAUAUGACCUGCGGAAACUUUUAAACAGGAAGUCUAGAACAGUGAACCGGGGCAAUAACGAGCAAACCGGGGCAAUAACGAGCAAACUGGGGCAAUACCGAGCAAACUAAAAGGACGGACACGGGUUCUGUUACAGUUGGUCAGUUCUCAGAUGUUCUUCCUGCUGUUAUAUGAGCGCCGCUUUUAAGGAUGGUUAUGAGCUGCAGAUCAUGGAGCAGGUGACGGACAGCAGGAGGACAGUGGAGGAUGAGCGCCGUCUGAUCCGUGCGUGCGCUGCUGCUGCUCAGCCUGUGGGCAGUCAGGAUGGAGGAUCCUCGAGGUUUGUCUACGUCCUCGCCGCCUUCUCCGCUCUGGGCGGCUUCCUCUUCGGCUAUGACACCGGGGUGGUGUCCGGGGCCAUGCUCCUGCUGAAGAAAGAGAUGAACCUGAGCGCCUUGUGGCAGGAGCUGCUGGUCUCCAGCACUGUCGGUGCGGCGGCGCUCUCGGCCCUGGCGGGGGGAUACCUGAACGGACAGUACGGCCGCCGGAAGUGCAUCAUGCUUGCCAGCUUCAUUUUUACUGUAGGGGGCAUCAUUCUGAGCCUGGCACCUGAUAAAACGGUCCUUCUUGUCGGCAGGCUUACUGUAGGACUCGGAAUAGGAGUAGCAUCUAUGACCGUCCCAGUCUAUAUCGCUGAAGUGUCUCCUCCGCAGCUCCGGGGUCAGCUGGUGACCAUAAACACCCUGUUUAUCACAGGAGGUCAGUUCAUAGCCAGCGUGGUGGACGGAGCCUUCAGUUACAUGGAGCACGAUGGUUGGAGGUAUAUGUUGGGUCUUUCAGUAGUCCCUGCUGUGCUGCAGUUUUUGGGAUUCUUCUUCUUCUUGCCUGAGAGUCCUCGCUGGCUCCUGCAGAAAGGCGAUUCUCAGAAGGCCCUGGAGGUGCUCACACAGAUACGAGCCACAGAGAACGUGAGCAACGAGUACGACAGUAUCAAGUGCAUUAUUGAAGAGGAGGAAAAGGAAGCAGAAGGAGGACCAGUUCUGUGCCGUAUCCUGGCUUGUGCUCCUGUCCGGAGAGCUCUGAUUGUGGGCUGUGGCCUUCAGAUGUUCCAGCAGCUCUCUGGAAUUAACACUGUAAUGUACUACAGUGCCACAAUUUUGCAAAUGUCAGGAGUGCGGGAUGAUAAGCAAGCCAUCUGGCUUUCUGCUGCUACGGCAUUCACCAAUUUCCUGUUCACACUGGUGGGCGUUUGGCUGGUGGAGCGGGUGGGCCGCAGAAAACUGACUCUGGGCAGCAUUUUAGGUACUGGUGUCAGUCUGUCUGUCUUGGCUGUGGGGUUCCUUCUUUCUGCUCAGGCCUCUCCUCCAGUGAACCUUCACCCCACUGACCCUAUGUCUCUUAACUCCACCUGCACACACUACAGAUUUUGUGAGCAGUGCAUGCUGGAUCCAAACUGUGGCUUUUGUUACUACGAGAAUGGCUCAAACAUAUCAGACUCUUCCUGUGAGCGAGUUGAUCCAGCCAACACUGAGCUAGCAGCAAGUGGCAGGUGCUCUAACGGUACAAAAGAAAGUCUGAGUCCAUUCUGGGCCUAUAACUACUGCCCAACCUCCUAUUCCUGGGUAGUGUUGCUGGGUCUCAUUCUUUACCUGGCCUUCUUUGCUCCAGGGAUGGGACCCAUGCCAUGGACCGUGAAUUCGGAGAUUUAUCCACUGUGGGCUCGGAGCACAGGCAAUGCCUGCUCUGCCGGCGUCAACUGGAUCUGCAAUGUCCUUGUGUCUCUGACAUUCCUCCAUGUGGCUGAGUACCUCACAUACUACGGUGCAUUUUUCCUGUACACUGCCCUGGCUGUGAUUGGCUUCUUUUUCAUGCUUGGAUGUCUACCAGAGACCAAAGGUCUCAUGUUGGAGGACAUAGAGACUCUGUUUAGUAGGCGGCUCUGCACCUGUGGCACACCGGGUGGCGAAAAUCCACAUUACAUCAGGCCUCGUUUGGAUUUGGGAAAGUUGCAUUAUGGGACACUGGAACUAGAGGAAGGAAUUGCUUACAUUUCACUGCAGUAAUGGUGCACUUGUACCUGGAUUUGCCUUUGAAGAACAAUGAACAGCACAUUUAAGAUCAUGAUCAAUGUACUGACACUAUUUUCGCAUUUAUUCAUACUAACAUAGAGGUCAAAUGAUUCUUGGUGUAAUCUAGUUGGAGCUAGAAGUUCUGACUCUACAGUUACCAUGAACAAACCUUUGGGUUUUGGGAUGAAAUCAUGCUCUACAUGUGUUUACACUUAUGUUUGACAAUCAUAUGUUCAUUAUAUUGGGUUAAAGAGAAAAUUACAGCUUGGUUCUUUAAGGAAUGCUAUAUAUUGUGUUAUUGUAUUGAUUAUUAUAUGCUUUACGUCAGAUUAACGGUUUCCAAAAAUAACAAAGAACAACCUGAGGCUCCUUUCUCCUUUUUUAACUGAGAACCCGUUAAAUUCUCCAGACUUUGUAAAUUAAUUGUGCACAUGACUUAUACAGCAUGUACUGUGUAUAUAAGAUAGUAUAUAAAAUAUAAACAUUAUAGUUCAAUAUAAUACAGUAUUAGUAUUAAACUAUAUAAUAUAUAAUAUAAUAUAAUAUAAUAUAUAGUUUAAUCUAAUAUAUUAUAAUGUUCUAGUAUAUGAAAUGAUCUGACCAAGGAUCUCAGCAGUAUCUUUACUGACCGCUAGAAUUCAUGAACCCCCCUUUUGGAAACCCAGGUGUAUAGCUUAGCAACAAAACUCCAGUCUGAUGUUUAAACUCUCUCUUAUAGUGUUACAUGAAUGUUAUUACUUUUUUUACUGAAUAAAAUUUGUCAGAAUGAA